AUGAGCCAAUACCGGUCAACACCGACGGACGGCUACCGCACGGCCACCUCUGCGCUUCAAUCGAGCACAGAGAGCGUGCUCAAGACCCACCUCCCUCUUCCCGGCGACGAGCCCACGCUCGAUCGAAAGCUGCACUUCGAGUUCCUCCUCCGCAACCUCCGCCAGGGCUUUCCCGAGCGCUACACAUCGCAGGAUGCCAGCCAGCCAUGGCUCAUCUACUGGACCCUGCACGGCUUCAGCGUCUUCGGCGCAGGCUUGGAUGACCAGACGAAGAAAAGGACGAUCGCCACGCUGCUCGCGAUGCAGCACCCCGACGGCGGCUUUGCAGGCGGGCCCGGGCAGGCCGCGCACCUGCUGCCCACGUACGCGUCGGUGUGCGCGUUCGCGGUCGUGGGCCGCCCGGGAGAGGGCGGCGGGUGGGAUGCGAUUGAUCGGAGGAAGAUGUACGACUUCUUCAUGUCGCUCAAGCAGCCAGACGGCUCCUUCCUCGUCAGCCACCACGGCGAAGUCGACGUCAGGGGGAUCUACUGCCUCCUCGUCUCCGCCACGCUGCUCAACAUCAUGACCCCCGAGCUGCUCGCUGGCACCCCAGACUUCCUCGCCACCUGCCAGACGUACGAAGGCGGGUUUGGGAACGCCUCCUUCCCCGGAUGGGCGUUCGAAGCCGACGAUGAAGCGCCACGCCCGCCCCGCGCUCCCGCAGACCCCGCCGCGCCGCGCCCGCCGCUCGGCGAGGCCCACGGCGGGUACACGUUCUGCGCGACCGCCUCCUGGGUCCUCCUCCAGCCGUACCUGCGCCUGCACUGCCCCGAGUCCCCCGCGCGCCCCAAGAUCGAUCUGCGCGCGCUCCUGCGGUGGUGCGUGCAGAUGCAGGGCGUCCCCGCGGAGCUCGGCGGGUUCAAGGGCCGCACGAACAAGCUCGUCGACGGCUGCUACAGCUGGUGGGUCGGCGGCUGCGUCGUGCUCGUCGAGACCCUCGUCGGCGUCGCGGCGCACCACGAGCCGGAGCCCCCCGCCGAGACGCACGCGGACGAGGAAGGCGACAAGGCGUGGGACGACGUCGAUGACUCCCUGUUCGACCGGCGCGCGCUGCAGGAGUACCUGCUCUGCGCGGGCCAGCACCCCGCAGGCGGGAUGCGCGACAAGCCCCCAAAAGGCGCGGACGCGUACCACACCCUCUACUGCGCCGCCGGGCUCUCCGCGGCCCAACAUCGGGUCACGCCCUCGGCCGCGCGCCAGGCCGCCGUCGAAGCCGCCUGGAACGCCGACGCCGCGGCGUCUCGAGACGGUUCGAGCUACGCCCCGCCGACGGAGGCGGACCGCGCGCGCGCGGCCGCGCUGCGCAAGGCCACAUUCGCCCACAUCCUCUCCUGGGCCGAGGAGGAGGGCGCGGCGACCUACCUCGGGGGCAGCGCGAAUCGCGUGAACGCGGUGCACCCGCUCCUCAACCUGACCGUCACCCACGCGGACGGGAUGCUCGCGCACUUCUACGGCCAGGCGCCGCCGGCGCGCCAGCCUCCGCGCAAGAAGCAGUGA